ACCAGUCGCCAUGGCCAGAACCAAGCAGACCGCUCGUAAGUCCACCGGAGGCAAAGCCCCCAGGAAGCAGCUGGCCACCAAGGCCGCCCGGAAGAGCGCCCCGGCCACCGGCGGAGUGAAGAAGCCUCACCGCUACAGGCCCGGUACCGUGGCUCUGAGGGAGAUCCGCCGCUACCAGAAGUCCACGGAGCUGCUGAUCCGCAAGCUGCCCUUCCAGCGGCUGGUGAGAGAAAUCGCUCAGGACUUCAAGACCGACCUGCGCUUCCAGAGCUCCGCCGUCAUGGCCCUGCAGGAGGCCAGCGAGGCUUACCUGGUGGGGCUGUUCGAGGACACCAACCUGUGCGCCAUCCACGCCAAGAGGGUCACCAUCAUGCCCAAAGACAUCCAGCUGGCCCGCCGCAUCCGCGGGGAGAGAGCUUAGACCGUCUCCCCUGUAA